ACAUCCUCUGUAUUUCCCCACAGGGUACCCCUAGCACAGCUGCACCCAAACCUUCUUCUCUCUCCCACCCUGCGAGAGCCGAGCGACCUCACCCCUCCCACGCCAUGUUCCGCCGAGCCACCGGCCUCCUGGCCCGACGCUUAAUAUCCUCCUCCGGGUCCAGGGCUAGGCCAUACUCGACCGAUCUCCCGGCGGCUCCCACUGCGGAUUCAACCUUCGUGGAGGCCUGGAAGAAAGUGAUACCAAACAUUGAACCCCCCAAGACCCCUCUCUCCUUCAUGAAGCCUCGCCCUGCUACUCCCCCAUCCAUCCCUUCCAAGCUCACCGUCAAUUUCGUUCUCCCGUAUGCCUCUGAGCUGUCCACAAAAGAGGUUGACAUGGUCAUAAUACCAGCAGCAACGGGGCAGAUGGGUGUUCUUCCUGGACAUGUAGCAACGAUUGCAGAGUUAAAACCUGGCGUCUUGUCAGUGCAUGAAGGGAAUGAAGUGAAAAAGUAUUUCAUCAGCAGUGGCUUUGCUUUCAUUCAUGCGAACUCAUAUGCAGAUAUUAUUGCCAUCGAGGCUGUCCCUGUCGAUCAAAUUGAUCCAGGCCUUGUUCAGAAGGGGCUUGCAGAGUUCACCCAGAAGCUGAGCUCGGCCUCAACUGACUUGGAGAAAGCUGAAGCUCAAAUUGGAGUUGAAGUGCACAGUGCUCUCAACUCGGCGCUGACAGGCUAGUGUUACUUAUAUUUGUGCCUUCCCCCUCUUGAUUUAUCGAUUCUCUCACUUCUUUGACUUCUUUAAGGCUACCCCCAUUGAAGCUUUUGAUUUGUCUCCUUGACCCAAUACUACUCGAGACGUUUGGUUCAUCUACUUCUGUGUUGAAUGUGGGGUUGGUGGAAAUAAUCUUUGAAUAUGUGUAUUCUGGCAUUCAAAAACUUGGAGCAGAACUUCGAGGAACAAGAAAAGUUUCCUUUCUUUGUUUCUUCUA